AUGAUUGACGCGAUUCAGAGCGGCAAGAUUGCGCGCAAGGACGUGAAGAGCGUGAAGAUUAAGAAGAAGAAGCCGAUUUCGCCCGGUAUGCGAUGGUACCGGCGGCCGAUCCACGAGCAUCUGUGGAAAGGGCGUCCGAUCCGCAAGCUGACGAUUGCGAAGCGCAAGACCGGUGGACGGAACCACACCGGCCGGAUUACGCAGCGACAUGUCGGCGGUGGACAUAAGCGGCGGUUGCGGAUCGUGGAUUUCGACCGCACGAAGCCGGGCGCGAACACGGUUGUGCGGAUCGAGUACGACCCCGGGCGGACGGCGCACAUUGCGCUGCUGCACAACGAGGUGACGAAGGAGCUGUCGUACAUUCUCGCGCCCGAGGGCCUGCGGUCGGGAGAUCGCGUGGAGAGCUUUAGGGCGGGCCUGCCGAAGGAGCUGACGACGGCCGCGGACGGGCAGCAGCUCGACUCUGCGCUGAUUGCGGCGCGGACGAAUCAGCUUGGCAAUUGCAUGCCGCUGUCGAUGGUCCCGAUCGGGACGGUGGUGCACGCGGUCGGGCUGUACAAGGGCAAGCCUGGCGUGCUGUGUCGGGCGGCGGGCGCGUCUGCGCGGUUGCUGUCGAAGGACGAGGACCGGCAGCUGGCGUCGAUCAAGCUCAAGUCGACGGAAGAGCGGUGGGUGCCGCUGGACGCGUGCGCGACGAUAGGCUCAGUGAGCAACGCGGAGAACUUGUUUACGUCGCUUGGCAAGGCUGGCCGGUCGCGGUGGCUAGGCCGACGACCGCGGGUGCGCGGAGUGGCUAUGAACGCGAACGAGCAUCCGCACGGAGGAGGACGUGGAAAGAGUAAGGGAAACAAGCCGUCGCAGAGCAUGUGGGGUACGUUGGCGAAGGGCUACAAGACGCGGCGGGGCAAGAAGCACCAGAACAAGUACAAGAUCCGGUCGCGCCAGCGGGGAUGGGAGAAGCAGGUGCGGGCGGUCAAGAAGUAG